CCACCACUCAGAUCACCACCAGAUCACCACAACCUCCAUCCACCCUUUACACAACAUUUCUCUUCCAACAUGGCCCGAAAUGAAGAAAAAGCCCAAUCCAUGCUCUACCGCUUCCGAGAAGCCCAAGCCGCCGAACUAGGGUUCAAAAAGUCCGAAAAAAGACCCUACCUAGCUUCUGAAGUACAUGUCCUCAAAGACGCUGAAAAAUGGCGUCAACAAAUCAUUCGAGAGAUUUCAAAAAAAGUGUCAAAGAUUCAGGAUUCGGGGUUGACGGAUUACCAAGUCCGAGACCUAAACGACGAAAUCAAUAAACUGAUUCGAGAGAAACGACAUUGGGAGUAUCGGAUUCGAGAAUUGGGUGGACCCGAUUACAAAAGAAUGGGACCAAAGUUGCUUGAUCAGGAAGGAAAAGAAGUUCCUGGGAAUAGAGGAUACAAGUAUUUUGGUCGUGCAAAGGAUUUACCGGGUGUAAGAGAACUCUUUGAACAAGAAGUCCCUGAAGCCCCCAAACCGACCCGACAAGACCUAUCCCGACGAGUCGACGCUGAUUAUUACGGAUACAGAGACGAAGAGGAUGGGAUAUUACUUGAAUAUGAAGCAGAGAUAUCCAGACGGGAACUUGGACAAGUGAUGGAUACACCACUAACGGAUUUCGUAGCGCAUGUUCCCGUCCCAUCCCAAAAAGAUGUGGAAGCUUGGCUUGUUCGACGACGACAACAGGAAUUGGCGGAUCGGUUCUUGUCUGAUGAACAUUCACUGAGUAAACAAGUCACAUCAUGAGAACCGUUCAAUGUCUUUUUUUUGUAUUAUACUAUUUGUUGUAAUAAAGAAAAUGUAUAUCACAUGAAGAAAGAAACCAAUGAAAA